AUCUCCUCACCCAGGAUCUAAAGUAGCGUAAUGAGCGAAAGCCAAAAGCCAGUACAAGUAAAGCUAGUUUUACUCGGUGAAGCAGCUGUUGGAAAGUCCUCCGUCGUAUUAAGAUUCGUCCAGAACGACUUUCAGGAGUAUAAGGAGCCAACUAUCGGUGCAGCCUUCUUGACACAAAAAUGUAGAUUAGAGGACAAGGUAAUUAAAUUUGAGAUAUGGGAUACUGCAGGUCAAGAGAGAUUCAGAAGUCUGGCACCAAUGUACUACCGUAACGCAUUGUCAGCUGUCGUAGUAUACGACAUCACAUCAUCCUCCAGUUUCGAAAAGGCAAAAAGCUGGGUGAAGGAGUUGCAACGACAAGCCUCACCUAACGUCAUAAUCGCACUCGUCGGCAACAAGCUUGAUCUUGUCGAGGGCUCUCAAGAGGAGGAAGAAGAAGAGCGUGAUGAUGCAACAGCCACACCAAACCAAGACCAGUCAAGAGCUAUUUCCCGUGACGAAGCACAAGCAUACGCUGAGGAGAGCAACUUGCUCUUCUUCGAAACCUCAGCCAAGACAGGCGAGGGUGUAGUUGAAGUCUUCACCGAAAUCGCAAAGAAAAUCCCGCUCGAACAGAUCGUCAAUUCAACAAAAUCAAGAGCACAGGAUCAAACACAACAAAACAACGUAAACUUGAACGCAAACAACGGUCAGUCAAAACAAGUUGGAGACAAUUGCGCUUGUUAAGUGACAUAUAUUUAUACCACUAUUCUUUAUACUCUUUAUAUGCUUUCAUGAAUAAUUUUUCUACCG